UACACAAACACCGGAAAAUACAAGAAAAUACAAACAAUACAGAAAAACAGAAAAAUUCGAAAACACAAAAAUACAGGGAAAACACAAAAUACGAGAAAAUACAAAAAUACAUAAACACCGGAAAAACACAGGAAAAUACAAAAACACAAAAAUAUAAAAAAACACAGAAAAACAAGAAAAUACAAAAAUACAGGGAAAAUACAAAAAACACAGAAAAACACAAAAAUACAGAAAAUAUGAAAUACAAGAAAAUACAAGAAAACACAAGAAAACACAAUUUUGUAUUUCACUUUUCAAUUUUUAGUCAUUUACCUCCACAAGAAUUGAGCGAUCAAAUGUCUCUUCCAAGUUGUCGGUAUUCUGUUCACUCAACAGGCUGGGACGGUCCCCAGUUGAGUUGGGCUAAUGUUGGGGAUACUGUAUUUCAUGUGUGGGAAUGUAGAGGUCCAGAGAUGGGAAUGCUUAUUAAAAAGUGUUUUGUAACGGAUGGGGAUGGAGAUGACCACGCAGUUGUGGACGAGAAUGGGUGUUCUCUAGAUCUUGGCUUGAUAGAUGAAAUAAUUUAUGCUGAAGAUGGGAGGAUGAGGGCAUAUGCUAAGAGUCAUGUUUUUAAAUAUGCUGACUCCAAUCAACUCUUUUUUACCUGCCAAAUUAGGUAA